GAAUAGCAGCUUCACUCGCUCGGAUUCAUGUACCGUGCCCGACAUACAGCUGGCCUACGAUCCUGGAUUCGAACCCAGCACGAACCCAGCAGACCCACGGGCCAGCAUCCAUUGCCCAAGCCCCACAAAUGAAAUCAAACACACACCGCAUAACGCAAAUUGAUUUGAGCUGCAGUCCUUCUUCUGCCAACAGCUGGAAGUUGCCCAAUUCCGUCAUCGGCCGGCUCCAAGUCUUCCCGAGCUUUCGCCUGACAACAGGUUCAUCAGUUUUAGUGCUGAAUCAAACAACAAGCCCGCACACCAGCUUUGCACAAAACACCACGGUCGUGUUGCCAGUUCCGUCAUUGCCUAACACAAACAUGGCGCCGCGGCGCACUAGCGCGUCCCUGUGGCCCUCCUGGUCGCUUCUGCUCCUGCUGGCGACGCUGUCCCUGUCGCUGCUGCAAUCACCGCGUCUGGCGGCCGCUCAGGCGGCCGGCCCUGCCGGCGGCGCAGCCCCUGGUGCGGCCGGCAGCAAGCCCAGCACCACCAAGGCCCCCGCCAUCCCCGUGCACCUGAAGCCGGUCGGCGCCAGCCAGCAGCAGCCGCAGCCUGGCCCCACCGCCACCACCGGCACCGCCACCAGCGGCACCGGCGGCAUGGGCAACGGCCCCGGCACUAGCACCAGCACCGGCACCAGCCGUGGCACUAGCGGCGGCACCGGCAACGCCGGCGGUGCCGGGAGCAUGGCGGGCCCCGCUGUGGCUCCAAAGCCUACUGAUGACGACGACCGCCGCAAGCUGCAGGCGCUCACCAGCAGCCUCCGUCAGUUGCGGCAGGCGGGUGCGGCAGUGACUGGCCCGAUUGGCACCAGCACUGCCCGCAGGACCAGCGACACCGCGGUGAACGGAGCCGCAGGCACCACCACAGCCACCACCACCGGGCGCAGCGUCACAGGUGGCACCGGCGUUACGGGCUCGGGCAUUACGGGCGGCACCGGCACCGGCACCAGCGGCGGCUUGGGCGGGGCUGCCACCUCCCUGCCAUCUGCUACCGGCGACAACUCAGGGGCUCUGGGCGAGGGCGGCGCAGGCGUGCCUACGGGUACCUCGGGGCGGCGCAUGCAGCAGGCGGGGGCGGCGGUUGUUGGGGCGGCCACCACUAUCACCCGCAAGAACGCCCGGGUCAAUGCCCGCAGCGCCUCCAUGGUUGGCUAGAUGGUGUAUAGGCUUACCUGGACACAAUGCAGCUGCAGGACACGAUUAGGUAUUGUAGAUGCGGGUAUGGAAACGCGGUGGCGUGGUGUUAGUUGACCAGUUGUGGCCGGACAUCUUUUUGCGGAUCUGAUUAUUGCAGCGUUGAGGUAAUAAGAUUAGAUGGAAGCAAGUUACUUCCGUACAUGCUGGAACUCCACUCCUUAUGCAGUUUAUAGUGAUGGAGGCAGUCUGGUUUCGUGUGCACCGCCACCAUAUGCGUGGCGUCGUUUGGAAUUCUGGGCCGGGUUUGCCCGGCGGAUUGGUGCCCGUGGUUGUGUAGCUCUGACAGCUAUGGUGGGUGUUGUGCUAUCGAUGAAGCCCAUGGACAUGCCAUUUGCGUGGCCGAGGAGGCUGCCCAGCGGACUAUGGCGACUCACAUUCAUAAGGCCGUGUAAAGUACAUUGACA